GGCUGUAACAAGUCCAUUCCUCACAUUGUCAUAAGAUAUUCACCUUGUGAUUUUUACUUCAGGAUGGAUCUUGAUACCAGUGUAGAUCUUUGGAUAAGACGCUUAGGAAAUGACUCUUUGCUGCAGCCUCUGUGGGACAGUCUGCGGCUCAACUACAGAGACUAUCUGAGAUCUCCACUCUUCCCCGUUGUUCUGACCGUGUCUUCCUACUUCGUCUUGUGCCUUCCUUUCCUCCUUUGCGAUAUCAUGGGAGAAAAGUGGGCAUGGGUCCAACAAUUCAAGAUCCAACCCAGCCGUCGCCCUACAGCCUCUACGCUGCUGCACUGUGCAGGUGUCACCUUGUACAACCAUGUGUUUCUCGUGCUGCCAGCAUCAGUGGCUCAGUGGGCAUGGAGGCCACCUGUGGACCUGCCGGACCAGGCUCCGGCCCUGCUGGAGCUGAUUGCAGGGGUGAUAGGCAACCUUCUGCUCUUUGACUUCCAGUACUUCAUCUGGCAUCUGCUCCAUCACAGGAUCCGCUGGCUGUAUGUCACUUUCCAUGCCAUCCAUCAUAACUACUCCUCUCCCUUUGCUCUUGCCACUCAGUGUCUUGGCGGCUGGGAGCUGGUCACAGUGGGCUUCUGGACCACUCUGAAUCCUGUGAUCCUGAGAUGCCACUUUCUCACCACAUGGGCCUUCAUGGUGUUGCAUGUCUAUGUUUCCAUUGAGGAUCACUGUGGCUAUGAUUUCCCCUGGUCCACGUCACGCCUGAUACCAUUUGGCAUCUACGGAGGGCCCAGCAAACACGAUGUACACCAUCAGAAACCCAACACCAAUUUUGCGCCACACUUCAGCCACUGGGAUAAAAUAUUUGGGACGCAUGCUGAUUUCAGCUUCUCUACUGGUAUGAAAAAAAAUAUUUAACACUGUUUAUAGCAGCUAUAGAUUGGGUUUAUUUUUCCAAAUCAGUCUACAAAUUCCUUUACACACAAAUGGAGGCAUAUUGUUGUGCUGCAUUUGAAAAAUCC